AUGGUGCUGGCCGCCUCGAGCGCCUUUGCCGCACCCGCUACUGAGCCUACGCCUACCCUCGACAAGCGUGCCACCACAAUCUCUUGCGACUCCUUCGGCUCCCUGACCACUGGUGGCUUCACCAUCUACCACAACAACUGGGGCGCGGCGGAUGCCACCUCCGGCUCCCAGUGCACCUACUUCAACUCCCUGAGCAGCGGCUCUGUUGCUUGGUCCACCAGCUGGACUUGGGCCGGCGGCGCCGGCAAGGUCAAGUCCUACUCGAACGUUGCCCUUGAGAAUGUCAACAAGCAGCUCUCUGCUAUCUCUUCUAUUCCCUCGACCUGGAAGUGGUCGCAAACUGGAUCCAGCGUCGUCGCCGAUGUCGCUUACGACUUGUGGCUCUCUUCCACCUCUGGCGGCAGCAACGCCUACGAGAUCAUGAUCUGGCUCGGUGCCUAUGGCGGCGCUGGCCCUAUCUCUGCGACCGGCAGCGCCAUUGCCACCACCACCAUUGGCGGCGUUAGCUACAAGCUGUACUAUGGCCUGAACGGCAGCGUCAAGGUCUACUCCUUUGUCGCCACCACGACCGUCACCAGCUUCAGCGCCGACCUCAAGCUGUUCUUCACCUACCUCACCAGCAACCAGGGUGUCCCCACCAGCUACUACGUCACCUCGCUCCAGGCCGGUACAGAGCCCUUCAGCGGCUCAAACGCCGUGCUCACCACCUCUGCUUACACCAUCUCCGUCAAAUAA